AUCUGACUUGGCCUUGCCACUCCCACCACGACAGUUAGUAGAGGCUCCACGACAUGUCGGCGGCCGCCCCCGCCCACACGAGCGUAUCGCAUCCGCCAGCCAACAACGACAACGAGGAGAACGUUGAGAAUACCGGAAACGAUGAAAACAAUGAGGACAGCAAUGAUAAUAAUGCCAGUGGGAACCUUCAAUCUGUUUUACACCUAGACGUCGAUACCGCAAGCAACAGCGACAGCGACUCGGCAUUCGGCGGCAACUCCACGGCAUCUACAUCCCUCGCUUCGACAAUCCUAAACUACGAAUAUAUAAACGGCCGCCGCUACCACGGUUACCGCUCGGGCUCUUAUAUCCUGCCCAAUGACGAGCAGGAACAGGAUCGUCUCGACUUGCUGCACCACAUAUUUCUGCUCAUUCUCGGGGGAAAGCUCUACGAUGCGCCUAUUCCCCAUUCUCCCCAGCGCGUGCUCGACAUCGGCACCGGAACUGGCAUUUGGGCCAUUGACUUUGCAGACGAGCACCCCGGCGCUGAAGUCAUAGGAACAGACCUAAGUCCCAUACAGCCGACAUGGGUGCCGCCGAAUGUCAAAUUCUAUAUUGACGACGCAGAGUCCGAGUGGGUUUACAGCCCAGACGAGGCAUUUGACUUUAUCCACUGCCGUACCCUGUCUGGCGGAAUUUCAGACUGGGACAAGCUGGUUCAGCAGACAUUUACCCAUACCAAGCCCGGAGGCUGGGUCGAGUUCCAGGAGCCGCUUGCCUUGUGUGAGAGUGAUGAUGGCACCCUAGAGACGGCAAAGGAUAUGGUGCACUGGCAGAUACUGUGUCAUGAAGCUGCUGAGACCUGGGGGAGAGACAUUCGCGUGGGACAUGCGCUGAAGCAGAAGAUGCUUGAUGCGGGUUUUGUCGACGUGAAUGAGAAAGUUGUCAAGAUUCCUCUCGGGCCGUGGCCAAAGGACGCCCGUAUGAAGGAAAUCGGCAGGUACCAGCGUGAACACAUGGCCAUGGGCAUAGAACCGUAUACCCUCGGCCUCAUGGGCAAGGUCAUGGGCUGGAGUGAAGCAGAGUGCCGUGUGCUGAUUGCCAAAGUUGUUGCUGACAUUCGGAGAAGGGAUGUGCAUUUGUACAUUAGGUUCUACUUUGUGCACGGAAGAAAGCCAGGCGCGUGAUGAAAAUCAAGAACAAACAAAGUGCAUGUUCACAUUCG